AUGGAUCCAUCAAAGUCAUCGCCAGCUCGACCUUCGGAUGUGUCUGAAAAGCUUUCGUCCGUGACGGGCGAUCUACCACCUGUUAUCCUUAAUAAGGCAAUCUCAAGCAAAUCAAAUCAAGAACUCGCUUCUUAUAUUGGAUUGAAAUUCCUGAAGAAGUAUAAUCAGGACGCUUGA